AUGGACAACUCCCAAUACUCGGCUAAUGUGGUAAACACGACUACUACGGCUUCUUACCCCUCACCCUCUUCGUCUAUCUCGCACGGCAUUCAGAAUCAGCAGCAAAACCAUUCGGGACAGCCGCAAACUCUACCCCCUCUCCAGCCGCAGACGCAUAGCAUGCAACAACCCCAGCAGCAACAGCAACAACAACAGCAGCAGCAGCAGGCGCAACAGCAGCACCAGCAGCACCAGCAGCAGCAGCAUCAGCAACAACAGGCGCAGCAGCACCAACAGCAACAGCAGCAGCAACAGCAAGCUACUCCCUACGGUAGCUAUCACAACACCCCCCGGACUACUGCCACGCCAAACCCAUCUGGUACUCCAACUAUGAGCAGCUACCCACCUCCCCCGGGGCAACAGAACGUUGGGCGCGCCCCUUACCCCGGCAUGAUGCCCGCGCCGCAGUACCAACAAACUCAUCCCGGCUAUCCCACCACAACCUCGAUGAUGACCCAAGCAUCGACCGCGAUGGCCCAUCCCCAGCCCAUUGCGCCCGCGCCCCCUGGUGGUCGCGCCCCCCCGGUAUUGCGUCCCAUGCCUGCGGGUGGCAUGGUCCCUCAAGGCGGCAUGUCUUCGCCUUAUGCUCAGAGCCCAUUGAUGCCCCAGCCUCAAAUGAUGCAACAGGAAGGCGAUGCGCCCACACAUGUGGUUGGCUCCCAGGGCCGCCGAGGAAUCCUUCCGAGCGCGCCGGGUAGGCCCCAGGCUCCGGUCGCUGGUAGCCAGGCCGCAAAGAACCAGAUCCCCCAGAAGGAUGCCGACGGAAAGUUUCCGUGCCCUCACUGUAACAAAACGUACCUGCACGCCAAGCAUCUCAAGAGGCAUCUUCUGAGACAUACGGGUGACCGUCCGUACAUGUGUGUCUUGUGCCGUGACACCUUCUCCCGUAGUGAUAUUCUCAAGCGCCACUUCCAAAAAUGCUCCAUUCGCCGUGGCAACCCCACUGGUGCAAGCCAUCUUUCGCACCCGCAUGCGCACGUGAAAAAGAACCAGGCUGCCCAGCAGAAGGCGAUGGGUAACGAGAACGAGCUCAACCCCAUUAACGGCAUGGGCAACAUGGGUCCUGACGGAAUGGUUCACCCCUUCGGCCUUAUCCCCGCUCAGGAUGGCAUGGCAAACAUGUCAAACGACCAGAACCACUUGUCCCGGCAGCCCAGCAUGAACCGCAUGGAAGACCCGAACGACCGCGAUCGCCGCAGUGUCACAGGUUCCGUGAUGGGUAACAACACACGGCCUGGCAGCUUCGAUCAGGGCUACAACGGAACUGUCCCGCACACCAUGGCGGCUAACAUUAACCCUCAGCUGGCGAACUACCCUAUGCCGCCUAACCAAAAUGGCAUGCCUAUGUUUGCAGGACAAGCCUCAAACCAACAAUCUGGUGGACUUGACUGGUCUCAGAUGUUUCAAGCUGGUGCGCAACAAACAACCUUUAAUGAUGAUUUCCCGUCUAAUAUUGGACAGACGCAGAUCGCAACCAUCAAGCAAGAGCCUGAACCGGCUUCCGUCCGACCGAGUGAUGCCCGAGAAGGCUAG